AAUGCCGGAAAUGACCCGGAUCGGAACUUUAACUCCUGGGUUGAUGAGUUUUCACCAGAAACAUCGACGGCUCUCCAAAUGAUGUGAUAUCGACUGAAACAUGUGUGUACAUCUGCCCAUUAAGGAUACCCCACCUUGGAUGUGAGUCGGUCACCACUCCUUGAGGUCGUCAUAUUACUCCAUCACACAGUCCAGAAGAGAAGGACCCAACUGUCCCAGGUGGUCAUCAGUCUGUUGACCUCCCACCAGCGGCAAGAUGACGUGCCGUGACCGGACACUCGAGUUCCAGUCAGCCUGUAAAUCUCUCCAGGGCAGACCGAAUGGAGUGCAGCCCAGCAAACCCGCUCUUAGCGCCCUCAGGCAGCGCAGUGACUUCACAGUUAUGGCCAAGAGAAUUGGAAAGGACCUGAGCAAUACAUUUGCCAAACUGGAAAAGCUCACUAUUUUGGCAAAAAGAAAAUCCUUGUUUGACGACAAGGCAGUGGAGAUUGAGGAGCUAACUUAUAUUAUUAAACAAGACAUCAACAGUCUAAACAAACAAAUUGCACAGCUGCAGGACUUAGUCAGGUCCCGUGGCGCUCCAGGUGGACGACAUAUCCAGAGCCACUCUAACACUAUAGUAGUGUCAUUACAGUCUAAACUGGCUUCGAUGUCCAAUGACUUCAAAUCAGUCUUAGAAGUCAGAACAGAGAACCUGAAGCAGCAGCGCAGCAGGAGAGAGCAGUUCUCCCAGCCUCCCGUCUCGUCUUCUCCUCUGAUGGCCAACAACUUCAGGAGCCGCAAAAAAGGGGCCCAGGAGCCGCAUGCAGCUCGCGAGCAGCGCUAUGACUACCAGGGCUAUACAACCUCAAAUUUAAAAGAGAGCUCAGUGCUGAUGCAGGAUGAAUCCAAGAGUAUGGGGGAAGUAGCCAUCAACAUGGACUCUCAGACCAAUCCCAUGCAACUCCAGCUUAUUGAUGAGCAGGAUUCGUACAUCCAGAGCCGUGCAGACACCAUGCAGAACAUUGAGAGCACCAUAGUUGAACUGGGCUCUAUAUUCCAGCAGCUGGCACACAUGGUCAAAGAGCAGGAGGAGACCAUCCAGAGGAUUGAUGCCAACGUCGAGGACACCCAGCUGAACGUAGAGGCUGCCCACACUGAGAUCCUCAAAUACUUCCAGUCAGUCUCAUCCAAUCGUUGGUUGAUGAUCAAGAUAUUUCUCGUCCUGGUCGUCUUCUUCAUUGUCUUUGUGGUUUUCUUCGCUUAACGUAAAGAGGAGCAGCUGAGUGGAGGGAAAAAGCACACAGCAAAGGGAAUUUAUGCUGAAACUGGAUUACGAAGACAUGUCCAGCCAACAUGUGUGAAAAUAUUUGAAGGAGGCUUCUCUGACAACGUGAUGGUUUGAUUAAGGCUUGGGAGACUUUCUGAUUAAUACAGACUCUUGGGUUGGUCCUGAGCCACAGACUCUAAAUAUUAACUCGACUAUUCAGAGAAGAAUGAAGAUGUCGAACUCUGUUCAAUGAAAGAAUAAAUUAUCUUAAGUCCCCACUUUGUAUAGAGAGCAAAAAAACUGCUCUGUAUUGUACCUUGACCUAAUAUUCAUAAACAUUUAAUCAAAAUGGCUAAUUUUAUGGUUUGAUUCUGCAAACUGUCUUUUUAGUUUUGGUUUAUUUUUUCUUGUUCACCCCCUUUACCACAGGUCAUUCAUUAUUAUAAAUAUUAUUUCAAAGCCAAACGACAGACCUGGAGUUUAUUAUGAGGUAAUUUUUCUCCUUUGUUUUCUUGCUUUUAACUGAAGAGCAUGACUGUCACCUGUUUCAACAGUUCUCCUGUAACACCAUUUAGUAAUGAUGUGAAAUAUUUUUUAUUCAGACAUGUUCUGUUCUGCUUUCAAAGUUUUUUUUUUGCCAAAUGGGUACUUUUAUCAAACGAUGACUCAAUGAAUAAACACUGGUUUGGGUCCAGCAUUACCAAAAGGCUGCAGCAGCCAGCUGAAGGGAGGUUUGCUGAAAUAAUCCAGGCUUUAUCUGUAAGAGAGGUCGAUGAUAACCUACUUAACCACACUAUUGUAAAUGAAACUGUUGGGUUGAACGGUUAAAAUAUAACUUAGUUUGGCCACAACUUAUGAGUCAAGUAUCUGAACAGGCUCCAGGUUUGACAUCAGAGCUGAUGAAGGGGUUGGGCUGGUUGAGUGACUCAGUCAGCCAGAUUCCCUGGAAGUGUCUGGUUGUUUGUCACUGUUGUAGUUAUUAACCACAUCUUCUUCUGUCCAAUUUACUGGAUGUUAUUUAAAUGACUACAGUUUUUUAAGGAGAAAUACUUCUUUUCCUAUCUUUUCCUGCAUCUGUUUUUUUUUUUUAGCCAAAUGCCUUGACUUAAUUGUAUAAAGUGCAAAUAGUGAAAAUGAUGUAUUGAUAAGAAAGUGCAUAUUAAUAAAAUAUCGAUGGGCUACUGGAA